GCUGUGUUGGAAUGUUACCUCUCGAAACUGACAUACUAGCAUUUAUUGUUUUUUAUUGCUUCUCUGAGGUGGCUUUUGAAAGAGACACCAAGUGACACAUGUUUAAGAAGGGUUUAAAAGUUUGCCGUGGUUGGAGCGGGCAUUACUUUCCUAGCGAGGAGUGGAAGAUUGGUGCUUCUGUGGAUUUCUGUGACCAUUCGAGCCUGAAACCCAACAAUGAAUAAUUCAACUGGCUGCUCGGCCAAUGCGACAAUUUGCGAUGGAGCGUCCUGUGUGGUAGCUGCCAGCAACUUCAAUGACAUUUUAAGUGUGGUCCUGAGCACCGUCUUGACCAUCCUGUUGGCUUUGGUGAUGUUCUCUAUGGGAUGCAAUGUGGAAAUCAAGAAAUUCCUGGGACACAUAAAGCGGCCGUGGGGCAUCUGUAUUGGCUUCCUCUGUCAGUUUGGAAUCAUGCCCCUCGUGGGAUACAUCCUGUCAGUGGCCUUUAACAUCCUCCCCAUCCAGGCUGUUGUGGUGCUGAUCAUGGGCUGCUGUCCCGGAGGAACUGCCUCCAACAUCUUGGCCUACUGGGUCGAUGGUGACAUGGACCUCAGCGUCAGCAUGACCACGUGCUCCACGCUGCUGGCCCUGGGGAUGAUGCCGCUGUGCCUCUUAAUCUAUACCAAAGCGUGGGUCGACUCGGGGACGAUCAUAAUUCCCUAUGAUAACAUAGGUACAUCAUUGGUCGCUCUUGUUAUUCCUGUUUCCAUUGGAAUGUUUGUUAAUCACAAGUGGCCCCAGAAAGCCAAGAUCAUACUUAAGAUUGGCUCCAUCACAGGUGCAAUCCUUAUCGUGCUCAUAGCUGUGGUUGGAGGAAUACUGUACCAAAGUGCCUGGAUCAUCGCUCCUAACCUGUGGAUUGUGGGAACAAUAUUUCCUGUGGCCGGUUACUCUCUAGGGUUUCUUCUGGCUAGAAUAGCUGGUCAGCCCUGGUACAGGUGCCGAACAGUUGCUUUGGAAACAGGGAUGCAGAACACGCAACUGUGUUCCACCAUAGUCCAGCUCUCCUUCACCCAAGAGCACCUGAACCAAGUGUUUACCUUCCCGCUCAUCUACAGCAUUUUCCAGCUCGCCUUCGCAGCGAUAUUCUUAGGAAUUUAUGUGGCAUAUAAGAAAUGUUAUGGAAAAAACAAUGAGGAAUUUCCAGAGAUCAGACAAUGAAACAGCCUCCGAGUCAUCACCCUAUAAGGUGAAUGAAGGAUUUCAACUACAGGAAAAGUAGACAUCAAGUGGACAAAAAAGAAGAAUUCACAAGAACAUGCUUCAGCUGUAACAAUAUUUAAUUAUUUGUUUUGAUGGGAUAUUUGGGAGGAAAAAGUUAAAGUGAAAACUUAAAUUCCAAUUGAAUCCAUAUAUUGGUUUUGGCACCAAGUGACUGAUGGUCCAGAACUUUAAUGGGACAAAUAUUUAUAUGUAUAAAAACAUUUUUGUGUCUUUGAAAUAUCCCCCCAAAAUAUUCUCAGGCCUCAAACUAAACCUGACAUACAUAACACCGAGGACCGAGGACCUUGUAACUCUUGAACUGAAUUCUUACCCAGGAUCUCGUAACCCGGAGAAGAGCACCUGACUUUUUGUAUGUUAAAAUAGAUCCAGUGAAUUAUUAUAAAGUGAUCAAGAUUUGCUCCAGUAUUUAUGAUUGUAAAAAGAUUGAAAUGAAUGUCUUCCAUUGAUAUAUUAUUAUUUUGAAAAUGUUGCAAACUAUUUAUAUAACUUUGUAGUGUAACAUGGGCAAAUACCUGACUUCCUGUAUUUAAAAAUAUUAGCCUUUUCUAAGUGAUAAUUCAAAAGCAAAAGUAAGAGAAGAGAGUUACUAAAUAGAAUUCAAUGACCAAAUUAGAAUCAUGCCCAUAAGUCAACAAUAAUAUUGUACAUUGGUCGCUGUGCCUCAGAAGUCCAACGACACCCACUAGAUGUUUUAGUGAAUGGCUUGAAUUUAGAAGUCCCUAGAGAGGGACUUCUUCAAGGUUUGCCCGCAUGAGGCAGGCCCACACUGGCUAAUUCGACAGCUAUUCGGGUCACACAAAGCCCCACAGUAGACAUCAUGGAGUGGGGAGGUGGCAAGUGGCACAAAGACAGAUGUAUUGGAAGAAACACCACUGCUCUACCGAGUGAAUUCACUUCAAUGGGAGAUCAUGGGAAAUAGGUGGAAAGCACAAAUAACAGAAGACCACUUGAAAUGCAUCAAGGAGAUAUGCAGAAGUAAGUAGGAGUAAGAAGAAUGAAGUCAGGGAGCCAUAGGGGAGCUGAAUAUUAAACAUUACUUGAGAAAGAGAAGGACAUGUCCAGAGCCAAAAGCAGGAAGGGCACUGCCGAGUGAGUUCCUUGAAUGCUGUAAGUAGGUGUAAUAAGAGGAAGCAAGGGGGAUUUGAUCAAUGAUGGCAGGGAUUUAUGACAAGAGAGAAAUAACUGGCUGAGUGUUGGGCUCUCAGUUAUAGUGUCUAAUUUAAUUUCUCUACCCUCAUUUUGCAGCAAGAUGCAGGCACAAUCUUAACUCAGUUCAUAGUGGUUUAGUUCCAUUUUCCAUUUGGACAUUUUCACUGCCUCAUAGACUCUCCUUUACAUGUUUUGGCUCCAAAGGGCCCUUUGUCUUUGGAUGAUGUGAGUUCAGAUCUGGCUGGAUCACGUCAGCGUGACAGGAACACAAGCAGCACUCUUCACUUUCAGUGGCGGGCUGAGGGAUUCUGCCUUUCAACAUUGUAAUAGUUAUACCUUUUUAUACAGGGUUCACAUUUACAAUUGAAUAAGGCCCCUAUAUUUUUUUAUCUUUAGACAAAUAUAUUAAAAGGGAGUAGGGACUUUUAUUAAAGGAUAAGUAGGUGAGAGGUGGUGCAGAUUUUCUUAGUGGGGAGUGUCAGAGAAUAUGCUUCCAACAGUGUAAAAGGGAGACUUUCAGUCUAUCUGUGGAGUACCUCCUACACUUUCCUUGUCAAAUAGGCAACAGGCAGGUGUACUGAAGACACACCGUGAAUUCCUGUCAUAAUUUCAACACACCCAAAUUCAAGGGCUGCGAUGCCAGCAGCUGCAGCAAGCAAGCUUUUCCUCCCUGUUGAUCAAGAUAUGUGAGUGAGACAGAACUUGGCUUUCUUACAUGAUGUGGUAUCUUGUGAGUUGUGGGUUUUUUUACCUAAUGUGCUAGAGGGAAGAAAAAUAGCUGAGCUUUUUAAAAUGACAGCUCUCUAUUUGUAAAUGACUUUGAAAUGCCAGAUAAAUUAUGUAUUUUAUUGCC